AUGCCUUCCGAAGAUUUACGUUAUGUAGUCGCCCUCGACUUUGGUACGACGUUCUCGGGUAUUUCCUUUGGUCAUAUGCAAAGGAAAGACAAAGUACACGUUCAUACUAGCUGGCAAAGCAUAUGUUCGCAUCAGAAAAUUCCGUCGCUACUAGUUUAUGAUGACAAUAAAAAUGUUCUCUGUUGGGGGGUCGAUGCUGCAUCGCCAUCUUUUUUGAGUAAACUCGAAAAACAACACAAAACUUUGCAUCUCGCAGAAUUAUUUAAACUUUACUUAUCUGGCAGCAAGAAAAAGGAUAAGGCGAAAUUGCCAGAAGGAAUCUCUUAUAAAAAAGCAAUUCCUGAUUUUCUUUCAUGUAUGAAGCAAGAAAUCGAUAGAGUAAUCGAUUCACGUAAAUUGCCAAUGUUCGCCGCCGGAAAUGUCAAAUUCCCAGAGCAGUUUCGUAUUGUGGCAACUAUUCCGACAGAAUGGUCUUUCAAAUACAAAUAUGAAAUGCGCGGUUUUAUGCAUGAAGCCGGAUUUACCUCGCACAAAGACUCGGAACAAUUGCAACUUUUGAUGGAACCGGCGGCUGCAGCAAUUUCCUGCCUACAAGACUAUGAAAACUACAAUCUAAAACCAGGAGACUGUUAUAUAGUUGCCGACUGUGGUGGCGGUACAGUCGAUUUGAGCACAUUUAGAAUACGCUCGGAUAACAAGCUUGACGAAAUAACUAUAAGUGAUGGGGGGAUGUAUGGAAGCACCAAAGUUGACGACAAUUUUUUGAAAUUUCUUGGCGGCAGGCUAGGGAUCAAAAAGAUCAAAAUGCGCAACUUGAGACAAAAGUACUUUAAAAGCUUCCUGGGUUUGAUUUUUAAUUUUUUCACACCAAUCAAGCAUGGAUUUGACGGCAAUGAAGAGAACUUUAAAGAAAUUGAGUUGAACGUUGUCAAUGAUUGUCCAUCACUCGAGGAACAUGCGAGUCUCAAAAAGAAAAACGAUUUAGAAGAGGAUGAUUGGAUAAUCACACUCAAUUACAAGACGAUCAAAUCUUUCUUUGAUCCCAGCAUUGACGAAAUCAUAGAGUUGAUUAGGAAACAAAUGAAUUCUACUACUCAAAAAUGCGCAGCGUUGCUUAUGGUUGGAGGAUACAGCGAAUCGCCGUAUCUCCAAGCAAGGAUAAAAGAAGAAUUUGGCAAACACAUACCGUCAAUUAUUGUGCCCCCGACGCCAAAACCGACAGUAGCCGUUGUCGAAGGUGCUGGCUUUUUUGGCCUCAAUUAUAACGAGAUAAUCAAAACCCGCGUUUUAAAACAUCAUUUCGGUGUAAAGACGCUAAAUCAUCCCAUUUUAAUGAUGCUCACCGGAGACAUUCAUAUGUUUUCGGUUAUUGCAACCAAAGGCUCCAGCAUACCUCCUCCAACACCGUUUAAGGAAAUUUAUAGUCCGUUAAUUCCUCACCAAGAGGAAGCCAAUGUGAGCAUAUACUAUUCGGACACGGACGAUCCGGAAAAUGCCGACGAUGAAACCAUUGUCCGUAAACUCAAACACUGGGUCAUUAGUAUCCCAGACGUCGAACACGGGCUCGAUAGGCAAAUCGAAGUGUCAUUGUCGUUCGGCAUAGAAUUGGCCGAAAUAAAAGCGGCAGCCAAAAACAGUGCUACGGGAUUGGUAUAUGAAGUUACAGAGAUCAAAGAAGCAGAUGAAUAUUAUGAGGAAGAGAUGCUUUGGGUGUCAUGA